AUGGCCACCAUCGCAGAGCAGAGCAAGGUGUCCUCCCAGGAGGGCUAUGUCCUCGGUCUCGAGGGAACCCCCUUUUUCACCAAGCGUUGGUUCCCAACCACCGGCGAGCCCGACGCAUACGUCGUCUUCGUGCACGGCUUUGCAGAGCACAUCCAGCGCUACGACGCGUACUUUCGCCUCCUCGCUGCCCCGCCACACAACAUCCACGUCUUUGCGUACGACAAGCGCGGCCACGGCCGUACGUCUAUCAAGCCCCUCGAGGCCGGCGCGUCAGAGGCGGCCGCCUGGAAGGCAGAGGGCAAGGACGUCAAGCUCGAGGGCAAGAAUGCGCGCGGCAAGAAUGGCGGCUGGGCAAAGGCUCUCCCGGACAUGGCCUACUUUGUCAAGCAGGAGCACGAGCGCGCCAACGGCAAGCCGCUGUUCCUCUACGGCCACUCGAUGGGUGGCGGCGAGACUCUUGGCUUUGUGACGCGCGACCCCACGGCGCACGCCGACACGCUCGCGCUGCUGAACGGCGUCAUCGUCUCUGGCCCGUACAUCAAGUCGGCCAUCCCGCUGUCUACUAUUCAGGUCAAGGUCGGCCUCCUUGCCGUCCAGCUCGGCCUGGGUAACAUGACGAUCAAGACCCCCCUCGACGCCGACGCGUUUUCGCAUGACCCCGAGGUUGCCGAAAAGGUCCUCAAGGACACGAUGUGUGAGCCGACGGGCUCGCUCAAGGCCAUCGCAGACAUGAUCAAUGGCGGCCAGUUUCUCGACACGCGCGCGGCAUGGGACAGCUGGCCGGCCACGCUCCCGCUCCUGCUCUACCACGGCGGCGCCGACUCCAUCUGCUGCGCGAAGGCCACGGUCCGCUUUGGCGACCACUGUACCGCCAAGGACAAGACGACCAAGCUUCUCGAGGGCCUCUUCCACGAACCGCACAACGAGCUGGCGCCCGAGCCGGUCAAGCUCGCGGACUUGGUCUCGGGCUGGAUCCACAAGCACACCGAGCGCGCUGGAGAGUCCCCGGCUCAGGCCAAGCUCUAG